CUACAUUCAUGGUUUACAGCAACGCAGCUUUCGCUCCACGUUAGCAUCUUUGAUUUACUCAGAAGUAAAACGUGAUUUAUCUCGCGCGUUUGAAACUAACAGUUUCACGAUUUCGUAUAAUCGCUUGUUUAAUUGUGCGCCACGUCGCGGCUAGCAUGUUUGUUUGGAGGCGGAAGGGCCACCGACACGCAUAGCAAUGACGAGCUGGCUAACGUAGCACCGAGGUUAGCCAGCUAGGAGACUAACAACAUUAGCUAACUUCUCACUCAGCAGCGGCACAUCAGUGACACAGGUAUCGGUGUGUCAGCUUUAUUAAAUGUCCAGGAGCCAGCGCGGCCAUGGGAGCGGAGAGCAGCGCGGUGCGGAGCUGCACCCUGGAGGAGCCGCUGCUGACCCUGCCCUCUGGGCUCACCAUGUACUCUGCGAUGCUCCAGGAUGGAAAGCCUGCAUCCGUGUUUGUCUACAAGCGGGACAACGAGGACAAAGUCAACAAAGCUGCUAAGCACCUGAAGACCUUGAGGCACCCAUGUCUGCUGCGCUUCCUGUCCUGCUCAGUGCAGGAUGGUGGCAUCCACCUGGUGACGGAGCGAGUUCAGCCCCUGGAGCUGCUGCUGGACAGCCUCUCCCCAGAGGAAAUCUGCUCAGGCAUCUAUGACCUAUUGCAGGCACUCGUGUUUCUGCAUGAGAGGGGCAAAUCGAGCCACAACAAUGUCUGCAUAUCAUCUGUGUUUGUCAGCGAGGAUGGUCAUUGGAAACUGGGAGGGAUGGAGACUGUCUGCAAGUUCUCUGAGGCAACGCCUGAGUUUCUGGCAAGCAUUCAGAAUGUGAGAGAGGCCAGCUGCAUUCCUCCAGAAGAGCAGGUUGAGGGCUUUAAAAUGCUUCCAGAUAAUAAUGCUCACUCUCGGGACUGUUACUCUUUUGGAAUGAUGGUGGAAACCCUCAUCACUCUCCUGAAUGGCCAGGUGUCACAGGAGCUGUCUGACAGCCUGGAGAAGACCCUGCAGGCGGGCCUGCUGAACUCUGACCCCUUGUCUCGACCUGCGCUCAGCUCCCUGCUGACUCACGACUUCUUCAGGAAUGACUUCCUGGAAGUGAGGACUUUUUUGAAGAGCUUGACCUUGAAGAUGGAAGACGAAAAGAAUGAAUUCUUUAAGUUUCUUCUAGACCGGGUCCAGAGUCUCCCUGAAGAGCUGAUAGCUUCACGUCUUGUGCCCAAACUCCUCAACUCUCUUGUUUUUGCAGAACCCAUGGCUGUCAAAAGCUUCCUGCCUCAUCUUCUACGGCCAAAGAAGGAUUCCAGUGGUGGUGGUGGUAACGAUGAAGAAUGCCUGCUGUCUGUGCCCCUUUACCGUAAACAUGUGAUUCCCCAGCUUCUCAGGCUCUUCAAGGUCAACGAGGAGCACAUCCGGAUCGUGUUGCUGGCUCACAUCCACAUCUACGCUGAGUUCUUCUCCCACGAUGAACUCAAAAACCAGAUCCUACCUCAGGUUUUGUUAGGAAUGAGAGACACCAAUGAUUCCCUGGUUGCCAUGACGCUGCAGAGUCUGGCGGUGUUGGUGCCAUUGCUGGGGGCUCAGGUGGUGGUUGGUGGAGAGAGGACCAAGGUCUUUAAACGCACCACACCCAACUUCACGAGGUCUACAGAGGUCACCCCUGAAACUUCACCUGUCCAUAUAGUCGGAGGCUCCCACCCGCAGAUGGCCCAGCCUUCAAAAGUCUUGAAUUUGUUCCCCAGACCGUCAGGGACUGAAAGCCUGGUCCUGGGCCACAUGGGUAACUUACCAGGUAGUAAAGAGACUCCAAGAAGUUACCCUCUGCCAGCAAAAUUAGAUGUUAGCAGACAGAUGUCUCUACCUUUGAACGGCUUUCGUCCAGACAGUGCGAUGGAGCCACUGUCAUACAGCCCUGAGCAGGCGGACAGACUAGAGGGUCCAGUGGAAGACUGGCCUGACUGGAGUGACCCUGAAGAGGGUGAGAACAGAGGUGGACAGUCUGUCCAGAUCCACAUUCAGGCCUCAGAGAGAGAAGAUCCGGUCAGCAGCAGACUGUCAGUCUUGCACCCGAACAUGGAAGAGGAGCCGUGGGACGACUUUGAGGACACUGAACCUACCUCAGAUCUCUCCCCCACAGCUCCUUUAUCAGACCCGGUUAUACUUACACCACCAAGAGGGGGCGCCACUUCACCUGUAAAACACGCUCCUGAAGCACUGAGACUGGGUUCCUCCAAACCCCUCAAACUGACCUCAACACUACAGCAAUCAGCCCAGAGCAAGACCACUUCCUCAUGGGACGAUGGCUGGGCUCGAGAAGACAGAGACUCAGAGAAAUCACACAGCCCGUUAAACCCCAAACCCAAACCUAUAGUGCCACAAAAGAACGGUGGGAGAGGAGGUCUGGGAGAGGAGUUCACCAUUAGGGUGAAGAAAAAGGAAGAGCCAGAUCCAGAGCUGGAUUUUUUUGCAGACAUGGUGCCGGACAUCAAACUGUCCUCUUCAGCUCUGCUGCCACUGGACGAGAGCAGUGUGAGCGAUGCUGGACUGUCUGCAGCCCCCUCAGAAAAUCCUAAACCCCUGCAGGCUGACUCAUCCAUCGAUACUGUAACACUCACUGCCAAGUUCGCAGUUGCCAACCUGACUGAGACUGAAACAGAUGGCUGGGGAGAUGGAGAUGAUCUGAACUGGGAGGACGAGAAUACCUGGUGAUGAUGAAGGACGGGUCUGCCUCAUCUGGAACAAAAGACUUGACAACUGGAAAAAUUUAAAUCCUUAAGAUGCAGAGUUUCAGAGACAGUGAGUGAGCUCGAAGUGGCUCCGGUUCUCAUUUAACAGCAUGAUGCAGUAAAAACAGUAAUGAUGGACUUUUUAUAACCUAUUCCUAUGGUUCCUGGAAAAUUAUUAUCACUCUGUUCAUUAAGGAAAGGGUAAGGACAAAGAGUUUAUCAGAUGGUUCUGGACGUGGAUAAAUGAAGCCAUUUUAUUCUGUAAUUGUUUGACAGCUAAUACUGAAGACGGAGACGUUUGAGGAUCUUAAUCAGAGGUGAAGGUCAUCUCUCUCUCUCUCUCUCUUUCUCUCUUUUUUUUUUAAUGUGCCAACUUCACUCCUGGCAAAAAGUUUAAGAUUUACUUUAGGCAAGACACAGCUUGUCCAAAAUGUGUCAGGUUUGAUUUACAGAAGGCUUGCACUUUGAAUGAAUGUGAAAUAGAAAUUACGUAAUUUAUUAGUUUUUGGUUGCUGGUGAAGUAAAGAUUUUACU